UCCACCCUCCUACCACCUCCCCAUUCUGGCCACGGCCAAUAUACACACUCCAGAGCCGCCAGUGGAACUCCGUCUAAGGAACGAGCCUCUGCCUCCACAGACCAACAAGCACACAACCCCAUCCACGAUGGCUGACCAACUAACAGAGGAGCAGAUUGCAGAGUUCAAGGAGGCUUUCUCCUUAUUUGACAAGGAUGGCGACGGAACCAUUACCACCAAAGAGCUGGGCACCGUCAUGAGGUCGCUGGGUCAGAACCCCACAGAGGCUGAGCUGCAGGACAUGAUCAAUGAGGUGGAUGCUGACGGUAAUGGAACUAUUGACUUCCCUGAGUUCCUGACCAUGAUGGCCAGAAAAAUGAAGGACACAGACAGCGAGGAGGAGAUCCGUGAGGCUUUCCGGGUAUUUGACAAGGACGGGAACGGCUACAUCAGCGCUGCAGAGCUCCGUCACGUCAUGACAAACCUGGGAGAGAAGCUAACAGACGAGGAGGUGGACGAGAUGAUCAGAGAAGCAGACAUUGACGGAGACGGACAGGUCAACUAUGAAGAGUUUGUACAGAUGAUGACUGCAAAGUGAAGCUGGCCUGCCCCAUCCUGCCCCCUCUUAGAAGAAAAAGAAGAAAAAAAAAACAACCAAAAAACAAAAUUGUUUUACUUACCUCUUGGAAGAAAAUGUUCAUUUAUUCAUACUGUUUCUGUAUAGAAAAUAAUUGAAUGUUGAAAUAAAAAUAUCCUUCUGUCCACACAGGAAAAAUCUAUAAAAAAUAUACAAAAAAUGUCUGCAUGAAAAUGAUGGUUAGUGAUUCUGCUCCCUCCCUCCAAAAAGAUCAGUUUAGCAUCAGUACGAGUAAAAAUAAUAACAACAACAACCCGGUUACUACUACCUUCAGACCGAAUCUAAAGCAUUUGGCCAACUCCUCCCAGUUCCAUAUGCUCGUGGUGAACGUCUGGGCUGGCUAUCUCUUCUUCUCUCUCUUUCGCUCUCUUUUUCUCUCUCUCUCUGUCUCUCUCUGUUUUCUGUUCUUCAUGCAUGCAGCUUGAGACCGGAACACCAACCCACCGCCCCGUUUUGUCCCCUGGAACCCCCAGUCCCCAUCCUUCCUCCGGACUACCAGAGCGUGCUGAUUCCACUUUAAGCUGUCCUCUUCUUGGUUUUUUUUUGUAUUCGCAGAGGAACCCUGUACUGUUAGGUGAGAAUAUACCAGGUUCUGACUCGAGCAUUAAAGUGGAACAGGAUUUAAUUGUAUGCUAGAUAAAAAGAAAAAAGUUGUACAAAAAAACACAUUUUCAAACAUUCGGCAUGUUUUUGUUUUUAUGUUAUUUGGGCGGCCAUCUUAGUAGUUGUUUGUCCUUCCCUUUGUAAAGGAGGGGAGGAGUUUAAGAGUCUUACAGUGAGCUUUCUUGUUUUUUCUUCUUUUUUUUUUUUGCUGAGAUGGAGUGUCUGUCCUCUUUUCUUGCAAGAGAGAAUAACUGGCCUUCACUUUUUCUUCUUCUGUCUUUUCGACUCAGACGAGAACAUAGUGAGGGCUGCGCUGUGUUGGCGGCGCACCGGUCUGCGCAACUGUUCAUCUGAGUUCAGUUUACAUUCAUUCCAAGUUGUACAUGCUAGUCUUUAAUUUUAUUUUAUUUUUUUUUUCAAAUAAAAGACCAUGAACUUUA